AAAAAAAAAAAGCGCUUUUCCGAAACAUUUGAAAACUGGUAGAAAAGAUUAAUAAAUUAAGAAUUUGCCACCAUCAUCACAAAAAGCAUGCGCUUUUAUUGGAUUUGAGAAUAUUGAAUGGCUAGCGUUUGAGUUUUGCUCCGAUUCUCGAUUUUCUCUGUCUAAUUGCAUCGAAAUUCGAUUAGGGUUUCUUGUGACCGACUCGAUCGAAGUUCUCUUUCAUACCGUAUCUUUGCUCUUGACGUCUUUAACACCCAAUUUGUAACAAUGGCAUGCUCGGUCUAGGAGGCAGAGUGAAGUUGUUUUAUUUAGUAGUAUAGAUCAAAAGCACUUGACUGAAUUUUGUUCAGUAAGUGAAGUAGGAUAUUAAGUGAAAUCUGGAAUGGACUUAAGCAUUUCUAUCAUGUUUGAAUCAUGGAGUCAUGAUAGAUAAUGUAUAUGCUGUUUGUUAUCCCAAUUAAGUUGGCUGGUUUAUUCUGGUAAUUUAGCUGUUUAUUGUUUGUUAACUCUUGCAUGAAUAGAACAAAAGAUAGGUCUGAUGGAUGAUGAUGGGGAAUUUGAUAUAUUCUUUCCAAGUUGGAACAACAGGAAUCCGACUGAUCGUCUUUUUAUUAUAUCUUGCAUUAUUGCUGCCCUGGUUGGGAUUUUAACUAUAGCUUAUACGGCUUUCCAAUGGAGGAGAAACAUCAACCUGAGUUGGAUGAGAGCCAUAACCCGGUCAAAGAUAAACCCGAAGGUGAAGAACAAAGUUGCCCUGGCUCCUCAUACCUGGACUAUAGAAUCUGUAUCUCGUGGAAAGAAUUUUAACUGCUGUGUCUGUCUAAAUUUGAUGAACCCUACUCAGACUCUUGGUCAGACGGGGUCAUCAGAUAGCUCUAUUCAAGUCUGUAGUAUUUGUGGCGCAGCAGUUCAUUCACAUUGCUCUUCCCAAGCACACAAGGAUUGCAAGUGUGUAUCCAUGAUUGGUUUUGAACAUGUAAUGCAUCAGUGGGCUGUCCGAUGGACUGACUUCAUGGAUCAAUCUGAUGAGACUUCUUUCUGUUGCUAUUGUGAGGAACAAUGUAGUGGUUCUUUUCUCGAUGGAUCCCCUAUAUGGUGCUGCUUGUGGUGUCAACGACUAGUACAUGUUGAUUGCCACAAUAGUUUAUCUAAUGAAACGGGUGAUAUUUGUGAUUUGGGUCCAUAUAAAAGACUGAUCUUAUCACCGCUUAAUGUUAAAGAAAUUAACAGGCAAUCUGGUGGAUUUUUGAGCUCAAUUACCCAAGGAGCAAAUGAGCUAGCAUCUUCAGUCCGUGCUAGUAUAAGGAGUCAGAGCAAGAAGUACAAGAAUGAAAAUGGAACCUCUGUGGACUCUGGAAAUAGUGGUAGUACAGUUGAUAUGUCCACAGAAAGCACUGGUGAGACUCACCAAAUUGUUAAUGGUUCUCAUGGAAUAGAUGAAAAUACUAAUGGCAUAAAUAGAGUAGAUGUUCAGCACAAAGAUGAUGAUGUAAAUAAAAAACUCGAUUCCAAGCCUAGUUUUGGUAGAACCUCAUCAAUUGGUAGAAAGGAUGAUCAGGUAUUGAGGCAGAAACAAAUAUAUGAACUAACUGAGUUACCACCAGAUGCAAGGCCUUUGUUAGUUUUUAUAAACAAGAAGAGUGGGGCUCAACGUGGGGAUUCAUUGAGGUUACGAUUGAAUAUUCUCCUAAAUCCAGUUCAGAUAUUUGAGUUAAGUUCAAAGCAAGGACCAGAAGUUGGUUUUUAUCUAUUCAGAAAGGUGCCUCAUUUCAGAGUGCUCGUUUGUGGGGGAGAUGGUACUGUUGGUUGGGUUCUGAAUUUCAUAGAAAAACAAAAUUUUGUAUCCCCUCCUCCUGUUGCAAUCCUUCCGGCAGGAACUGGAAAUGAUCUAGCGAGGGUUCUGUCUUGGGGAGGUGGUUUGGGCUCUAUUGAGAGACAAGGAGGCCUCAGUAUGGUGUUGCAUGACAUAGAGCAUGCUGCAGUAACCAUCCUUGACAGGUGGAAAGUAGCAAUUUCAAAUCAACAGGGCAAACAACUUCAACCUCCAAAAUUCAUGAAUAAUUAUCUUGGAAUUGGAUGCGAUGCCAAAGUUGCUCUUGACAUUCAUAACCUACGAGAGGAGAAUCCAGAAAAGUUCUAUAACCAGUUUAUGAAUAAAGUUCUUUAUGCAAGAGAAGGUGCUAAGGGUAUUAUGGAUAGAACAUUUGAAGAUUUCCCUUGGCAAGUACGAGUUGAAGUAGAUGGUGUCGAGAUAGAGGUGCCUGAGGAUGCAGAAGGAGUGCUCGUUGCAAACAUUGGAAGCUAUAUGGGUGGUGUAGACUUGUGGCAAAAUGAGGAUGAAAAUUAUGAUAAUUUUGAUCCUCAGUCUAUGCAUGAUAAAAUACUUGAGGUUGUUAGCAUCUCUGGAACUUGGCACCUUGGAAAGCUUCAGGUGGGACUUUCUCGUGCUCGAAGGCUUGCACAGGGUCAGUCAAUCAAGAUACAGCUGUUUGCUGCAUUUCCUGUUCAAAUUGAUGGGGAACCCUGGUUUCAGCAAUCGUGUACAUUGGCCAUAUCUCAUCAUGGCCAGGCUUUCAUGUUGAAGAGGGCUGCUGAGGAACCACUUGGUCAUGCAGCAGCCAUAAUCACGGAUGUCCUCGAGAAUGCUGAGACCAACAGUGUUAUCAAUGCUUCACAGAAGCGAGCUCUUCUGCAAGAAAUGGCAUUGAGGCUAUCCUAAAAGUCUUGUUGUGCACCAGCAGGAGUGAGUUUUAUGGUUGUGAUUUUUUUUUCUUCUGGAGAUUUAUAUUCUCUCUGUUGCGGCAUCUACACAUGUAAUUUUUUUUUUAAAGAAAAGCAACAUUUUAGUGAUGUUGAACACUUGAUGCUUUUAGUUGAAGCAUGAUUGUACAUGAACCUUGUUCAACAUCCAUUGAAAUGAAAUUUUGUUUUGCUUU